GGGCUUCAGUGGCCGUCAGCUCCAGCCCCAGUUUUCCCAAAGACAAGAUUUGCUCCCAGUAAGAAACUGCCCGUCCCACGUUGGCUGCACAUGACCGGGAGUGGCACUCUGGGAUGUGCACGCGAUGAUGGGCAGCAAGGACUUGGAAGCUGAAAUCCAUCCCUUGAAGAACGAAGACAAGAGGUUGCAGGAGAAUCUGGGAAGCCAAACGACAAAGGAGGACAACCUGAAAGGCUUGCCUCGGCAGCCCGGCCUCUCCGGCUGCCGGACAGUGGCGUUUUUUCUUUCACUGUUUGUCUGCCUUUUUGUGGUGUUCGUGGUCUCGUUCAUCAUCCCCUGUCCGGACCGGCCCGCGUCCCAGGGGACAUGGAGGGUCUACUACAACGCAGCAGUCACCUAUGACUUUCUGGCUACAGAAGACAUAAACAGGGACAGGAUCCAAGACGUUCUCUUUCUGUAUAAAAAUACCAACAGCAGCAACAAUUCCAACCUGUCCUGCGCUGACGAAGGCUUUUCUUCCCCCUGUACCUUUGUGGCCGCUGUGUCAGGGGCCAAUGGCAGCGUGCUCUGGGAGAGGCCCGCAGCCCAGGACGGCGCCCUUGUGCAGUGUGCUGUCCCACAGCCACAGGGCGGCAGGACAUCGUCUGCCUGCAUCCUCGUGGGCAGACCCAGUUCCUUCGUCGCUGUGGACGUGUUCACAGGGGAGACCCUGUGGAGCCACCCCAGCAGCUUUGGAGGGAAUGCUUCCAUCCUGAGCUCUUUACUCCGACUGCCCGACGUCGAUGCUGACGGGGCCCCAGACCUUCUGGUUCUCACCCAGGAGGAGAAGGAGGUUAGCGGCUACAUCUAUUCAGGCAGCACUGGUCACCAGAUUGGCCACCGAGGCAGCCUUGGUGUGGGUGGGACCAGUGGCUCCCUCCUCCAUGUCACCAGGAUGGGUGCUCACUACAUCCUUUUCCCUUGCGCAAGCUCCCUCUGUGGUCGCUCUGUGAAGGGUCUCCAUGAGACGGUGACCGGGAGAGGGAGCCCACUGAAGAGAGACCCGCUGUGGGAGGGCAUGCUCAACGCCAGCACCCACGGGCUGCUUUGGCACAGCCCUGGAGCCAUCCGCUACCUGAUGACCGUUCCAGGGAAAGUGGGUGAGGACCUCCUCCUUGUGAGUUCAGAAGCCUGUGUGCUGUUGGACGGGCAGGAGCUGGCACCCAGGUGGAUCUUCAGCGCAGCCCGGGUCCUGAGAAGACCCAUCCUUGGCUACUACAAACCUGACACCUUGGCUGUGGUCAUUGAAAAUGGAACCGGCAUUGACAGACAGAUCCUGCUCCUGGACCUCAGCACAGGGGCCGUCCUGUGGAAUCAGGCCCUCCCGGGCCUCCCCGGGGACCCACAGUCCGCCAGCCUGCCAACCGCAGACCACCGCUCAGCCUUCUUCUUCUGGGGUCUCCACGAGCUGAUGGGCACCAACCAGACAGUACAGGAGCCCGGAGACACCCGGCACAGCCUGUACAUGUUCCACCCCACCGUGCCCGGCGUCCUGCUGGAGCUGGCCAACAUCUCCGCCAACAUCGUUGCCUUCCAAGCGGUCCUGUUUGAGCCAAGCCGCCACGCUGCCUACGUCCUCCUGACGGGCCCCGCUCGCCAAGACGCUCCUGGCGUGGUCUCUGUAGCCAAGCACAAGGUGCGGGACCUCGUCCCGAGCGGUAGGGUGGUUCGCCUGGCCGAGGGCGGGCCCGACAGUGACCAGGCGGUCCGGGACCGGUUCUCCCGCCUGCGGUACCGCAGCGAGGCCUAGGCGCCUGGUGGCCAGCGAGGUGCGAGGCGCUCCAGCUGCUGAGAUUAAACACCGUGGGACAUCGGUCUUUCGCUCGGUUUGCACGCUGACCCCUCUCGUCUCCAUCGUGCCCAGGGACAUGCGUGGGUAAGGGGAUGGCCGGGCCUCUCCCUCGCGCGCCGCACACCACGUCCCCGCAGGUCCUCGCUCUGCCCCACUGGGGUCCUACUCGUGGCCGGCUGCCCUCACCGUGGCCUCUCUGGGCUGCCUUGGGCACAGCUGGGCCCUACAGCACCACUCUCACUUGUCCACACCUGGUUGGAGGGGCCGGGGCUUUGGGAAGAGCCCCAGCCUACAGAAGUCCCCUCCCUCGUCCCAUCUGCACCCACCCUGUCUGCACAUCUCCCUGGGGCCUGCGGUGGCCUCCGGGCAACAGCCGGGCCCUGCGGCCAUUCCAGCUUCUGGCCUUUCUCAGAGCAAAGGGGGGGUAGACUCUGGUGGGGUUGGUGGACACUUGCCCUGGGGGCCCCUUUGACAGGCCCGUGAGGAACGGGAUGCCUUGGAGCCGUGAGGCUGGCCUGCUGCUCAUGGAUGCGCUGAGGGGCAUUUUCACCCCUGUGCUGUGAAUGUCACGAGAAACCGGCCGUAAGGCCCACACUGGGGUCAGUCUGUACCCCCUCAACACACACUGGAGCUGCUUGUCCCUCGGGGGUGCCCACACUCCUGGCCAGUGCCUGGCCUCCUCCUGGUGCUCGGAAGUCCUCGGCCGGCAGUGUCACCUGAUGCAGGACUCACCUCUGUGCCUUGCUGUGCCCCAGGCCUACCGCGGUGCUGUGUGGGGCUCAGUGUGCCCUGAUGACCCUGAGUACCACCGGAAGAAGCCGGAAUAAAUGAUUUGCACUGUCUGAGAGCA